AUGGCUUUCAGGUAUCCCCAGUUUGAGCCCUAUGGGGAUAAGCUAAUCCGAUGGAUGGAGAACACCAAUGAACCCGGAUGCCAAAUUCCCAUGACUAUACUCACCGCAUUGACUCUACCACAGCCUAAGAUCUUCAACAACGAGUAUGAAAGAGAAUGGUUAUCACCAGCACAGAUUUUCUCUAUUGUAGGUCUUCAUCUGCCAGUUGCAGAUCUAAUUCCACAUUCUUCAGAUCUUACAGAGUCCCCGUCUUUCCGGCACUCAAUAAUCAAGACCAAAAAUGGAAUCACAGCAUUGGUCUCAACGAUUGGGCCAGGUGUUUUAUUCGUCUAUUCUAUGAGAAGAGUCCAUGUUUCAAACGAUCCGUACAUAUCCGAGCUUAUCAAGAUUGCCUAUGAAACGCACUUUCGAUUGGAUACUCUGAAGUAUCUCUUUAUAAACGAAGUACAGGAACAUAAAACUGAACCUUUUAUUGAGGAACAGAUCUACCCUUCCCGUGAGGGACUUAGCUAUCCAUCUGCAGAGCGUCAAAUCUGGGACCGCUCUUCGUCGGAGUUUAGUGCUAUUAUGGGUACGCCUGUUGGUAAGGUUGUCGGGUUCUUCAUUCUAGGGGCCUAUGGCCAGGGUGUCAAACGGAUUUCACAAAUUGUUACGUUCCAGACUGGCCGUGACCUUCACAAACUAGAGAUUCGUUUUAAUAUCGAAGAUGUUUGA